AAGUUCUGAGAAGAGCAGGAGGAAGUGGGCACCAGUUGUGCUGCACCAGAGGCCGGGGAGCGAGGGGUCUCAAGUGACCCCUGGGAAACUCCGGUGUCAGGAAGGAGCCGAGCGCCUACAUGAAAGGAGGGACCUUCUCGGAAGUUCGCCCCUACCUGAGCCGGGAACUCCAGCUUCAGGAUCCGCUGCACUCCCCCCGCGUGCUGGCUCGGUGGCCGCGUCUACACACGACCUCUGAGGUUCCGGAUGGCCGUGAGGUGGACAUGGGCAGGCAAAAGCUGCCUGCUGCUGGCGCUUUUAACACUGGCUUAUAUUCUGGUGGAGUUCUCGGUCUCUACUUUGUAUGCCUCCUCGGGAGCUGACCGUGCCAGGGAGCUGGGGCCAAGGAGACUCUCAGAUCAUGAGACAAGGGAAGAGGAUUUGUCUCAGCCUCUUUAUAAAAAGCCCCCUGCAGAUUCCCAUGCUCUUGGGGAAUGGGGGAGAGCAAGCAAACUCCAGCUCGAUGAGGGUGAACUGAAGCAGCAAGAAGAACUCAUUGAGAGAUACGCCAUCAACAUUUACCUCAGUGACAGGAUCUCCCUGCACCGCCACAUAGAGGAUAAAAGAAUGUAUGAGUGUAAAGCCAAGAAGUUCCACUACAGGUCGCUCCCCACCACCUCCGUUAUCAUCGCCUUUUAUAAUGAAGCCUGGUCCACUCUGCUUCGAACCAUUCACAGUGUUCUAGAAACUUCUCCAGCUGUGCUUUUAAAGGAGAUCAUCUUGGUGGAUGACUUAAGUGACAGAAUUUAUCUGAAGGCUCAACUUGAAGCUUAUAUCAGCAACCUCGAUAGAGUUCGCUUGAUUAGAACCAAUAAGAGAGAGGGGCUGGUCCGGGCCCGUCUGAUUGGGGCCACUUUUGCCACCGGGGAUGUCCUCACUUUCCUGGAUUGUCACUGUGAGUGUAACACUGGUUGGUUGGAACCGCUUUUGGAAAGGAUCAGUAGAGAUGAAACAGCAAUUGUAUGUCCUGUCAUCGACACCAUCGACUGGAAUACUUUCGAAUUCUAUAUGCAGACCGGGGAGCCCAUGAUUGGUGGUUUUGACUGGCGUUUGACCUUCCAGUGGCAUUCUGUCCCCAAACAUGAAAGGGACAGGCGGACAUCAAGAAUUGACCCCAUCAGGUCACCCACCAUGGCAGGAGGCCUGUUUGCUGUCAGCAAGAAGUAUUUUCAGUACCUGGGAACGUAUGACACUGGCAUGGAAGUCUGGGGAGGUGAAAACCUUGAGCUGUCUUUCAGGGUUUGGCAGUGCGGCGGCAAGCUGGAGAUCCACCCAUGUUCUCACGUGGGCCACGUGUUUCCCAAGCGGGCGCCCUACGCUCGCCCCAACUUCCUACAGAACACCGCUAGGGCGGCGGAAGUGUGGAUGGAUGACUACAAAGAGCAUUUCUAUAACCGGAACCCUCCCGCUCGAAAAGAGACCUAUGGCGAUAUUUCGGAAAGGAAGUUACUGAGGGAACGGCUGCAAUGUAAGAGCUUCGACUGGUAUUUGAAAAAUGUGUUCUCUAACUUACACGUUCCGGAGGAUAGACCUGGCUGGCACGGAGCCAUCCGCAGUAUGGGCAUCUCUUCAGAGUGCUUAGAUUAUAAUGCACCGGACAACAACCCUACGGGUGCUAACCUUUCGCUGUUUGGAUGCCACGGUCAAGGGGGCAAUCAGUUCUUUGAAUAUACUUCAAACAAGGAAAUCAGAUUUAAUUCCGUGACGGAAUUAUGUGCAGAGGUCCCCCAACAAAAGGAUUAUGUAGGGAUGCAAAACUGCCCCAAAGAUGGGCUCCCCAUUCCAGUUAACAUCAUUUGGCAUUUUAAAGAAGACGGGACGAUUUUUCACCCUCACACAAGACUGUGUCUUAGUGCUUACCGGACAGCCGACGGCCGACCUAGCGUACAGAUGAAAACUUGUGAUGCCCUUGAUAAAAACCAGAUCUGGAGGUUCGAGAAAUAGACAAGCAGAACAGCUUUCUGGGGCUGACUGUAGCCUCUGGAAAGUAACCCUGCCCAGUGAUGAUUGUACUUUUACCAGAAGUCACCUGGCAGCUGUCUGUAAGAACACUGGAAAGCCAUGGUUCAUCUGGGGAUAUCUCUCUGAAGCUGGGUACACAGAGCACUGCUGCUCAAUAUCUCAAAGUGCCUUCUUUGCUCUCGGGUUUUAUUUAAAAGCUUUGUCGAUAUGGUCUUCUGCAACUCCUUAAGGAAAGCCGCUGUGAACUGAGAUGCACAGAACACUUAAGUGUGGGCUAAGGGUGGAGCUUAGCAGUAGAAUGCUUAGCUAACACGUGUAAGACCCUGAGUCCCACCCACUGCACCACAAAAUACGUGCAAGGCUUAAUAUUUAGAACAUAAGAGUCCAGGCAACAUGGGGUGAGAUUCGUUCUGAUUGGUAAAUUCAUUGCAUGAACUUUUCUUUUUUUUUUUUAAUCAAAACAUGUGAAUGUGUAAUUAGAGCUAUUACUUUUUGAUUAUACCCUUUUAGUAAGCAUAUUAAAUUUUAGGUUUCUAAAAAA